UCUUCCCCAUGUGAGCUUUAAUGAUCUUGUUUCUUUCAUCUUCUCUGUUCUCUCAUUAAUCUUUCCUCCAUUUUUUUUAUCUUCCUCUAGAUUCUCUCCAAAAAGUUACGCAUCCAAACCCAUGUGUUGAUACAAUCCAAACAUGUUUUUCUCUCCUUCUUGUUUUGUUUUUAUUUUGUUUAAAAAAAGAGAUUGGAGCUGGGGGGGGGGGGAGCUCUGGUGUUUGUGUUUCAUCUUUUUUAUUCAUAGAUUAUGGGGAAGUGUUGGAGGCCAUGUGGGUGAUCAUCUUGUUUUCCUUUGUCCUCUUUAUAUUAUCAAUAGAAGGCCACAACGGCCAAUUGUUAAUUCUGCCCGGUAUGGGGCUAAUUUGUUUAGAUUGUGGCAGUGGGGAGGCACUGCAGUAGAAUUCCCCUUUACCUUUUUAUAUUCCUCUUUCUUUUCUUUAUUGCAUUUGUUAUGGAUGUAAAGAAUGGUGGGUUAGAUGGGAGGCUGGGAUUGGGAAGCAAGGAGGGAUGGAUUCUGAAAGGACAAGGCUUUUUGGUGAUCGUUCCGCUGCUUUUGGAUGCAGGGUUUCAUGAUGUGGAAAGGGAGGGAUUUUUCGGUGGAUUCAUAUGAUUCAUCUGGUCGUUUUGAGUUUUGAGGUUUCCGAUCAUGGCGGUCCGGAUGGUGUCCUCUGGAGAUCGUCUCUAGAUUUGGUUUUUUGGUCCAAAAAGGAGAUUUUAGAUUAGGAGGUGGUUCCAUACACAAAAGCUGAAGGAUGGAAUCGCCCAGUAAGGGGGAAUUGCGGGGAAAGAUAGAAAUGCCGGUGGGGCGGCAGAGCUUCCGCCGGAAGAAGAUGACGAAGCAGCUGACAGGGAAACGGGACGACACUCCACUGCAUUCGGCUGCGAGGGCAGGGGAUUUAGCUGUGGUGAAGGAGAUAAUUUCAGGAGCCAAUGAGGAGGAAUUGGCUGAGUUGCUGACCAAGCAGAAUCAGGCAGGGGAAACUGCUCUCUUUGUUGCCGCUGAGUAUGGGUAUGUUGAUGUGGUGAAUGAAAUGAUCCAGUACCAUGAUGUUCUCACAGCUGGAAUAAAGGCUAAGAGUGGUUAUGAUGCUCUGCAUGUAGCUGCCAAGCAAGGGGAUGUAGAUGUUGUGAAGGAGCUUUUGAUGGCUCUUCCAGAACUCUCCAUGACUGUGGACUUAUCAAACACCACGGCAUUACACACUGCUGCAACACAAGGCCAUAUCGAGGUGGUGAAUCUCCUAUUGGAAGCUGAUGGAAGUCUGGCACUAAUUGCAAGGAGCAAUGGUAAAACUGCUCUGCAUUCUGCUGCAAGGAAUGGGCACUUGGAAGUUGUGAAAGCUCUUGUAAACAGAGAAUCUGGAAUUGCUACCAGAACUGAUAAGAAAGGACAGACUGCACUUCACAUGGCGGCCAAGGGAACAAACUUAGACCUAGUUGAGGAGCUUGUAAUGUGCGAACCCACUCUGGUCAACCUGGUGGACUCCAAGGGCAACACAGCACUUCAUACAGCAGCUAGGAAGGGUCGUAUUCAGAUUGUAAAGAGGCUUCUUGAGCUCAAGGAAAUCGAUAUUAAAGCUAUCAAUAAAUCAGGAGAGUCAGCACUUGACACUGCUGAGAAAAUGGGAAAUUCAGAUGUUGCCAGCAUAUUAGCCAUGCAUGGUGUCCAAAGUGUGAGGACCAUCAGACCCCCAAAUCCUGCCCGUGAACUAAAGCAGCAAGUAAGUGACAUAAAACAUGAGGUCCACUCGCAGCUUGAGCACACCCGCCAGACCAGGAAAGGUGUGCAGGGGAUUGCAAAGAGGCUGAACAAGCUACAUGCAGAGGGCCUCAACAAUGCAAUCAAUUCCAACACUAUUGUCGCUGUCCUCAUUGCCACUGUAGCAUUUGCAGCCAUCUUUACGGUUCCCGGCCAGUAUGUAGAUUCUGAAAACCUUGCCCCUGGGCUCAAUUUAGGGGAAGCCAACAUCUCACACCAAACACCUUUCAUUAUCUUUUUCGUCUUCGACUCCGUGGCUCUCUUCAUAUCUUUAGCUGUCGUGGUGGUACAAACUUCUGUAGUGGUUAUAGAGAGCAAGGCAAAGAAACAAAUGAUGGCAAUCAUCAACAAGCUAAUGUGGCUCGCCUGUGUGCUUAUAAGUGUUGCAUUCCUUGCACUUUCUUUCAUUGUAGUGGGAAAACAUGAGAGGUGGUUGGCUAUCGGAGUGACAAUUAUAGGUACUAUCAUAUUAGCCACAACAUUGGGCACCAUGCUCUACUGGGUGAUCGCCCAUCGCAUUGAGGCUAAGAAGCUGAGAAACAUCAGGCGGUCAUCAUUUAGUAGAUCGCAUUCAUUUUCUGUCUCUGGUAUAUCAGAUGGGGAAUUGUUCAACAAUGAGUACAAGAAAAUGUAUGCAAUUUGAGAGUAAGAAGGUCAGGUUGUCAGCUGUGCAAUGGCUAGAUGGUGGAUCUCUUAUACCACAAUGUAUAUCAACCAGUGAUUGUUGUAAAUUCCUCCCCUGGCAGCAAUGCUUGCUUGGUCUGGAAGUACAAGUGUGGGGAAGAAUGUUAAAGGAGUUGACAUAUUGUUGGGAGUGCACAGGUGAGGAAAUAACCUAUGUAUAUUGGGCUGAGUUGGUGGACAUGAUGAGAAUGGAAAAAGUCCUAUAUAUAUCUACAGAAUAUUACAACUUAGCUCUUUCUUUUUGAUGCUUAGAUCAGGCCAAAAUCUUCUGGCAUUGGCUGCAUGCCAUCAUAUACUGAUUUUGUAUCAUUCAGCCGUUCUACAAA